GACACCAGCAACAUGUGAAGACGAGCAGCUUCUCCAGUUCUGCUUUUAACCUGCCAACUACAUGACACGGUUGUAGUUUGAAUCAGGGUGCAGUGAAGAGAUGGGGCUGCAUUUGUAGAGAACUGUGGGGUUUUUCAGCCUUUGAAGAAAACACAGGAAGAUGAAGUCUGCAGGAGUGUGCGAGAGCGUUCUCUUCACGGAGUCCUACUGCAGCGUCUGUAACGCCCAGCUCAUCUCCCAGUCACAGCGCAUCGCUCACUACCAGAGUAAGAAGCAUGCCAGUAAAGUGCGUCUGUUCUACAUGUUGCACCCGGAGGAUGGUGGCCCCCCCUCAAAACGCCUCAGACCAGACGACCCUGACAGUGCUGAGGAGGUGGAUGUUAAUAAGUGCUGUGUUCAGUGUAAUAUGUUCUUCACCUCUCCGGUUGUGGCUCAGUCUCAUUAUCGUGGAAAAACACAUGCCAAGAGAGUUCGUCUAAUGCAGGGCGUGACAGAGACCCCCCAAGACCACCACACCCAAACAGACCCCGCCCCUGAGCCCCCUCACCGCACUGACUCUCCUCUGGUUCCGGCCAGUAGCGGCGCUCAGUCUGUGCGGUUCUGCUACCUGUGCGGAGCGUGCUUUAAUAACCCUCUGAUGGCCCGACAGCACUACAGGGGGAAGAAACACAGCCGAAAUGCAGCCAGAGCACAGUUACUACGGCAACUCACCGGACACCUGGACGCCCUGGCAACCACAGGUCUCAGAGGCAGCUUCUCCUGCAGCGUCUGUGCUGUUUCUCUGAACUCUAUAGAACAGUACCAUGCUCAUCUCCAGGGGUCCAAGCACCAGACCAACCUGAAGCAGCAGCAAAAAUGUGAUUCCUGUAAUAUGUGACCGCUAUCCCAAAUGGCUGGAAAACCUCCAAAUCACAGGGACUGGAAUGGUUCCUGAGGGCCGCUAGAUGGAUGUGGAGACAUCAGACCCAGGGUUCGUCUGCAAUGGAACAAUGCUGCUUAGUCAGGCAGCAUUUGGAGGUCAUCGAGUCCACAUUCAGGAAGAUAUCCCAUAAUCUUGCAUAUCUGCUGGACAGUUAAGGUAGCAGCGGAACACAGUGAGGAGAGGCCUGCUUAUGUGUAAAUGCUAUUUCAAACUCUUAACUAGUAGAAUCAAUAGUGUGAGUCCAGAGUUCUAGAAUAGUCAAGAAGUAAAAGUAGAACUUACUGAAAAUUCAACUCAAGCUGAAUUUUAAGCUGUGCCACAAUUCAGGGGCUGCAUCCUUUGAAGGCUGCAUUCCAUGAAGGCAUGUUCUUCGAAGGCUGUAUAGACCCACAAAGGCUGAACCGAAAUGAAGCAGAUUUCCAGUUUGGAUCACAGCAUCGCUGUUCCCGCCCUUACUGUUGCAUAACGAUUUGUGCUAUUGUCAACUUAUUUUAAAAUUCUUUAAAGACGGAGCCAGAACCUUUUGAUUUUGUUUUUUUAUUGAA